AUGGUGGGGUAUGACCCAGGUUCCACUGGCGCCUCACUCAGCCCGGAGGAGGCAGCCUUAGCUGGGUCUGCAGCCGGUAUGGUCACCCGGGCCCUCAUCAGCCCCCUGGACGUCAUUAAAAUCAGGUUUCAGUUGCAGAUCGAGCAGUUGUCGUCAAGGCAACGGCAGGGGAAAUACUGGGGUCUGUGGCAAGCUUCUCGGUGUAUGCUGAUAGAGGAGGGACUUCCUGCUUUCUGGAAAGGGCAUGUACCAGCUCAACUGCUCUCUGUCGGUUUUGGAGCCGUCCAGUUUGCCACUUUUGAGGCUUUGACCGAACUGGUGCAUAAGAGCACUUCCUACCACAGCCAGACACCGACCGUCCACUUUGUCUGCGGCGGUUUGGCCGCGUGCUCGGCUACGGUGGCCUGCCAGCCCCUCGACACGCUCCGCACACGUUUGGCCGCCCAGGGGGAACCAAAGAUCUACAGGAACCUCAGACAUGCAGUGUCCACCAUGUACCAUAAAGAGGGGAUACUAACCUUCUACAGGGGUCUCACUCCAACGUUAGUGGCUGUGUUCCCAUAUGCGGGUCUUCAGUUUUUCUUCUACAACGUGCUCAACAGGCUCAUAGCAUCACGGUCCAAGAGGUCCAAAGGAAGCUUGCAGAGCCUGGUCUCUGGUAGCAUUGCGGGUGUCAUCAGCAAAACAAUGACUUAUCCCUUUGACCUCUUCAAGAAGAGACUGCAAGUGGGGGGUUUUGAGGAGGCCAGGAUCCAGUUUGGACAGGUGCGGACAUACCGCGGUUUUGCAGACUGCAUGGUGCAAAUUGCCAAAGAGGAGGGUCUGCGUGGCUUUUUCAAAGGGCUCUCACCGAGUCUGGUCAAAGCCGCAGUGUCCACGGGCCUCACCUUCUUCUGGUACGAGUUCUUCCUCAAUGCCAUUUCUCAACUGAAGGGGAGCCAGUGA